GCAGGAGGAGGCGGGAGGCUCGUCUAGGGGCUGCCCGCCCUGCAGCGCGGGUUUGAUGGACCUGACCGCCCCGGGCAGCGGCGCCGGCUCCCUGCCGCUGCUCCUGGCCCUGGGUCUAGUGAUUCUCCACUGUGCUGUGGCAGAUGGGAACUCAACCAGAAGUCCUGAGAGUGAUGGCCUUCUCUGUGGAGAUGCCAGAGGAGACUGUGCAGUGACCACCACACAAUCAAAGUGGAAUGACUACUUCUCUCCGUGCCCCAAGAAAUAUGAGCAUUACUGCAUCAACGGGAAAUGUCGCUUCGUGGGGGCCCUGCAGACACCCUCCUGCCUCUGUGAUGAUGGCUACGCGGGGGCGAGAUGUGAGAGAGUUGACUUUUUUUACCUGAGGGGAGACACAGGACAGAUUCUGGUGAUUUGUUUGACAGCAGUUAUGGUGACAUUGAUCAUUUUGGUGAUUGGUGUCUGCACAUGCUGUCAUCCCCUUCGAAGGAAAAAGAAAGAAGAUGUGCCAAAUCUUGGUAAAGAUAUAACUCCUGUAAAUGAAGAUAUUCAAGAGACUAGUAUUGCUUAAUGUCUAUGAAGGUACCUCCAGGCUGGUCGCAAGCUACAAAAUGCCAUGCUCAACUGAAAAUGGACAGAAUGUGUCUCAGGAAAACAGCUAACAAAAUGAAUUUUAAAUAAUGUUAUUUACUUUUGUUUGUAACAGUUUGUGUUGUUUACUAUUGUUUUUAUUAUAAUAAUAGAUUUUGUUAUCGUUUAAUAAUUGGGAAAAAGUACCCAGUUAAGAAGGGAAUAUUAUUAAACUUCCACUUAAUCCAGGAUUUGUCACCAGGAUUACCAGUUAAAUAAGAAAAAGAAGUAGGAAGGACUCUAGAUCCUAGAUGUUGCAUUAAUAAUACAUCUGCCAUUUAUCCAACACUUACCAUGUGUUGGGAGUUUGAAAUAUGUUAUUUCCUUGAAUCCUUGCAAGAAUCUCUGAGAUAUCUAUUACGAUCCUUAUUUCCCAUAUAUGGAAACAGACCCAAGGAAGUUAAAUAAUCUAACCCAGAUUUUCAGAGUUAGGAAUUGGUGGAGCUGAAACUGGAUCCAAGAUUUACCCCAUUCAACGUUUGUGCUCUGAACCAUCAUUUUUGCCCCUCACAGUUGGUACAACCUAACUCACUAGAUAACCCAACACUUUCUACUGAACUGUGCUUUGUCAUGACUCUGAGAUACUGGGGCUAUUUUUCUGCAGAAACUUUCUGCAGCAUUGACUUUUAUUAUGUUCCUUUGCUCCUUUAUAAAUGCUUAGAGACAUGAAUAAACUUUAGGUUAGUAAAGCAAACAGAUUUGCCCCCUAGCUAGUAGAAUGCGUAGAGCUAUGGACAGGAAGUGCCUGGCAGUCAUUAAGCCCCAGUUAAGUUCACUGAAGUAUCAACAAUAGCACUGGAAGAUCUAGUUAUCCCCAGGAUAAUGGUCAGUGGCAGCGUAGCAGAGCCCAGGCAGAAGCUGGUUGUGACUGUAUGCUCGUUUUUGUCCUUCUAAUAAGCAGUACCUGUGAUUGCUCUCAGUGGAAUGUUGUUGCAAUGAAAUCCCAUGUAUACAACUAUUACCUGACACCAUCUUCCCAAAUGCUCCUUUAACUCCCUAGUAAAUUUAAUAAGGACUCUGCAACUGAAGAAGCAAAAUCUACAUGUAACCAACAUUCCAUAGAAUAUGGAACUUUCAACACUGACAGGCUAGAUCUUUUAUAAAAACAGAUGGAGGAUGUCCCCAAAUUGCUGCACUUUGGCUGUUGCACCUGUCAUCCCAGCAGCUCCUUUUCCAGAAUCUUUGUAAAUUUUAUUCACAGGGUAGACACCAUGCAUAAAGUGAAGUGGGGAAUUGGGAGAAAAGGUGAAGCUGUAUAUCACUUUCUAUUACACAUCGUGUUUGGGGAGAGACUGAGGCUGUAAUACAGACUUAGCUCAAAUAUCAAUGAGAGCUAAGUCAACAACUGAUGUUUCUAAUUCUAUUUUUUUCUCCUGACUUAGACAUUCUUACAACAGGAUUGUAUACAGCUGAUUUAUGUUGUAUAUGUUUUCUUUUCAAGUCUUCUGGACUCAGUUCAUGCCCUUUCUCUUUCUCAGUCUUCUUUGAUACUGAGAACACUUGAAACAAUGCUUGUUUGAGCAUUUAAAACAAAAAAGAAGGCGUAAAUGUUUCUUCUUUCCUGAACUGAUGUUGGUUGACCAAAGGAAUCUCUCAAGACAAUUCAGACUGGGGGAUUUUGUUUUGACCCUAAGAUGUUCAUGGUGUCUUUUGAAAAUCGGUAGGUCUGAUGUCAAGAAAGAAAUGAGGAUUUUCGUAUCUUUUCAAAAUGUAUUUAUAAUUGUUUUGCAUAUAUUAAAUGAACUUGGAUAUA